AUGACCAAUAAUAUUAUGAGAAAAAGGCAAAUAUCAGAAGAUAUCAGCACCAAUGAGGAAGUUGGAUUUACUAAAAGAGUUAAGUCUAAGAACGGUUUGAAACUACUGUCUUCAUAUGACUCAGAUUCUGAUCCGAAUGAUGGAAUAUAUUCAAGUGAUAACAAUACAACUAAUCGGUUGUCCAGCAAAGACAAUGAAGUCCAAGAGCAGGCGCAAGACAACGAUGAGGAUAGUGAUAUGUUUGCAUCUGAUGAUGAUUUUAAGGGAGAUAAAAUAAGAAAGGAACAGGUUGAUUCUGUUAUUGAUGGUACUCAACAAUCCCAUUCUCCAUUGUUGGAUAUAGAAAAAUUUAAUCGAACUAAUGAACUAAAUAGUAUCCAAGAAAAAAGCUCUCAAAACCCUACCGAAAAUAUAACCAUUAACGAUGAUAGUAUUAAAAUCGAAGCUUUCAAUCUCGACGAGGAUGUUGAAAAUGGAAAUUUUGAUAAAGAUGGAUAUUAUAUAAGGAAGAAUGAUUCUUCAAACGACUCUUCAAAUGAGCAGGACCAAUGGAUCGAUAAUACUUCAGACGUAAACAGUGCUCAGUUAUCAAAAGAAAAACAAUUUGCAUACAUAAGGAAACAAACUAGGGAUUUACGAAAACGAAGUAGGCAUUACAUGGUUGAAGAUGCGUUGGUUCAUCUGAAAUACUUCAUUAGAAAAGAAGGUACGGUAUUAACUACAUUAGGCGAUUUAAAUAAGAUGAGGAAGACCACUAAGGACGAGAUGACUAAAAAAUAUAUCUCGAAUGGGAUAAAUUUUAUCACCGACUUAAUUGAUAUUCUGGAACAAAAAGAUUUCAAAAAUAUAUACCAGUGCACAAGAGAGGAUAUAUCACGGCUAAUAAAGGAAGAAUCACUUUCUGAAGUACAGCCAGAUAACCCAAAAAAUAAAUUGUGGUGUUUUAAAUGGAUGAAAAAUCUAGACGUGGUGCACGAAAGUUAUUCGACAAUAGAGAUGAAUAACUGGAAUAAAAGUUAUUUCAGAGGGAAAGUUUUGGUAAAAUUCCAAAGUGACGAUGACAAAUUAGAGAAUUGGAUACAUAUUUCAUGCUUAGAUUUUUCUUAA